AGCCCACAGACACAGACACACACACACACCCGCACACAUCCACCGUACUCAGGACAACUUUUCACCAAACUUUUUUUCACAGAUGGAACUGGCGGAAGCUGUCAAGUAAGAUGUCAGCCUGUGAAAGCUGUGGUGCACUUUUCCUGUGAUAUCCUGUUUGCCAAACUCCUAACUGCUUGGACAAGAGAAUCGUUUUGCGCAUGCGUUGAGUACUCAAAGGGAUGGAGGGGGAGCAGGUUGACUCUUCUCUUGACCUGAGCCACCUGACAGAACAGGAGCAGUUCAUCAUCCUCCAGGUCUUACAACGAGACCUGGAGUUACGUCGUCUUGAUGAAGGACGUGUAAGCAGGACCCUCAAGCAGACAGAGACGGACCCUGCACGUCUGCGCUCCCUGUCUGGAGCAUGGUUCAUCGAGGAGCGCAGCAAACGCCAUUGUAACCAGACGUCGGGCUGCGACCUUGUCCAUGCCACCAUACGCCAAAGGAAGACAAAAAGCAGAGAUGUGCCCCUGACUGGAUUGUUUAAUGGAGAGGGAGAGGAAACUUCCCACAACAACAACAACACCUCUCCUGGGGCAGAGAGAAGACUGAAUGACAACAAGGAAGAGGAUAAAGGAGGGAGUCCAGGAAGUUUGAAACCCACACCCACACCCAGAACAAAAAGUCCUGUAGCACAGGGCCUCCAGCCUAGAAAUAGUUCUCUGUCAUCCAAAGAGUGUGAAAGGAGAAGUAAUGGCCGCUCAGAGGAGCCUGAGGAUGAGUUUCACGGUCACAACAGGGACACUGACACUGACUCUCUGAGCAGCAGCCUGACAGAGCCAGACCCAGCUUCUCUGAAAACCAGCAGCUCCACCAGCAGCCUUCAUUCAGGCUACACGCUCAGUGGAAGCAUGAUGAGUCUGUUCAGCUCAGGAGAUUUCGGACUGGUGGAGGUGAGGGGCCGUAUCCAAUUCUCAUUGGUUUACGAGACCCAGAAGGAGGAGCUGCAAGUCAAAGUGUACUGCUGCGAGGACAUCGCUUCAGCACGCAAGAACCGCUCUGACCCAUAUGUUAAAACGUAUCUGUUGCCGGACAAGUCGAGUCAAAGCAAGAAGAAAACUGCAGUGAAGAAGAAGACACUCAACCCGGUCUACGAUCAGACACUCAGAUAUAAAGUGAGGAUUGGGGAGCUGCGUAGUCGGACUUUGAACCUGUCGGUGUGGCACGCUGAGUCCCUUGGGAGAAAUGUGUUCCUGGGUGAGGUGGAGGUGCCUCUGGGCCUCUGGGACUGGACCUGGACUCAGCCACUGUGGAAGGACCUGCAGCCACGGGUUCAUUUGAAUCCAGACUCCAUUAGCAGUCGCGGGACCAUCAUGCUCUCUAUUAAAUUCAUCCCAGACGGAUUCGAGGGUAGUGGUCUGCCACUGACAGGAGAGCUUCACAUCUGGCUUCGGGAGGCUCAAGGUCUCCUUUCCAAUACACGAGGUGCCAUAGACUCUUUUGUUAGAAGCUACAUACUCCCAGAUGCCAGUAGACAGAGUGGUCAGAAGACGCGGGUGGUGAAGCGCUCCAUCAGCCCUACCUACAACCACACAAUGGUGUAUGAUGGCUUCCACACCAGUGACCUGAGAGAGGCCUGCGCUGAGCUGACCGUCUGGCAACGCGAAGGGUUAAAGACACACGUCUUAGGAGGGAUUCGUCUGAGCUGUGGAACUGGUCAGAGUUAUGGUGAGGCUGUCAGCUGGAUGGACUCCACGGAAGAGGAGAUUACUGUGUGGACCUCCAUGAUCGAAAACCCAAACUACUGGAUUGACAUGACUCUACCAAUCAGAACUAACCUCGCUCACAGGUCCAUGUGACUCAGACGCAAUUCAUGCACAAAGACACAUUGGUACACGUGUUCAAAUAACGCUUGGACUGAAAGAAUGCUCAUCACAUAAGCGCAUUUAACUUCUCUGUCACAAUAAUGCACACAUACACUGUUUAUUUUUGUUGUUCAUGCAUACAGACACACAGACAGAGGUAGUAAGUAGUGGUGCAGUGUUGUGAAAUAAUGGUGUAGAUCAGAAAUAUUUAGUUUUGAAACCAAAUCUGUCUGAAUUUCAAAUGUUUUAUUUGGGUUUUUUUUUUCAAUUCUGUCCGUGUAUUAUCUGAUAAAAGCACAUUUGUAAUCCGCUGUAGUUUAUUAAUUAAAUAUCAAACCUAAAC